AUGGGGACAGCAAACGGCGUCGCUUUAGGGUGUGGCCACACAAUGAGGACUCUUCGCGGCAGCAGCGGGUCUCCUCGGGCUCGGCGGUGGUUCUCUCUCACUGCCGUCUCAGAUCAAGCGAGUUCGUUCUCGUACUGUUUGGUGGAUCGUGACUCGUCCUCGUCGUCGACUCUCGAGUUCAACUCGCCUCGACCCAGUGAUUCUAUCACCGCUCCGUUGCUCCGGACAACCGUGUGCGGACCUACUUGUACCGUCGGCGGCCGUCCGCUGAACAUCCCGGAAUCGGUGUUCGCCGUUGACGCUAGCGGCCGAGGAGGCAUCAUCGUCGACUCGGGAACUGCCGUCACUCGGUUGAAGACCGAGGCGUACAACUCGCUGCGCGACACCUUCGCGAGUCUGACGCGGAACCUGCCCUCGUCGAGCGGCUUCGCGAUCUUCGACAAGUGCUACGAUCUCUCGUCGAUGCAGAAAAUCGCCGUCCCAACAGUGUCGUUUCGAUUCGCCGGCGGAGGUACACUCCGUCUGCGGCCAGAGAAUUACCUCAUACCGGUGGAUUCGAGCGGGAAGUUCUGCCUGGCAUUCGCGCCGACGGAUGGGCAACUGUCUAUCGUCGGCAACAUCCAGCAGCAGGGACACGUGUCAGUUACGAUCUAG